AUGGUCCCGCAGAUGCCCGCUGCAUCUAAUUCUGUCCCCACUACUAAUAGACGUCCCUCGUCGCGGGACCUGGCCGCAGCCCAGCCGCCGACGCUCCAGAUGUCGUACUCGACCUGCUCCGCCGUGACACAGCUGAUCGCCAAAUUCUCGUCUGUCGAGUUUCUGAGCCAGCAGGACGUCAAUCUCGACCUGCUUGCGCUGCUGAUGCGCAGUCUGUGUCACGUGGUGACCAGAAACCCGAACGACUGCGCGAUCUGGUUCUAUGUGCUGCUGAAAAAUAAGUCUAUUUUCGAAAACGUGAUUGUUUCGAUCCGCAAGGUUUCGGACACUAGCGACGUCCCGGACGAAAAGACGCCGGCGAACGGGACGAGCUCGCCGUCGCCGACGCUGAACGCAGAAACGAGCGAGGUCGACCCGUUCUAUAGAGGCCCAACAGACGACAGCCUGAUCCGGCCCAAAUUGCCCGUGGGUAUGUCAUUCAGGGCCAAGGCCAAGCUGCCACUGAACGCACCGCUGGAGCUCACGUGGACGGGACUCAAGUCGACGACCGUCUUGCUCGACAUUAUACGGCACCUCGAGGCCAACGUGACGACCACCAGCGCAGACGCCGCGUCCAUCAUCAAGCAGAUCCACGCAGCCAAAAUGGCAGAGUUCGUCACCACGCUCAAGCUCCCAAGCGAGUACAACCCGGCGAAGACCAAGUUUGAGCCGCUCAGGUUCACGUGGUCCAAUCUGUCGCUCGGAUGGUACACCUCUGUACUGUGGUGUCUGAUCUACAACCAGCUGGAGGUGUGCAAGUCGAAAUCUGUUCUGGAGGAUUCAAUCUCGGCGUUCAAGAAGGUCGGUGCCGACUGGGGGUUCGGAACAUGGAGCACGUUCAACAGCAAGUCGUCCACGAUGGAGGUACACUCUCUUUCGCCGAUUGGAAUCUGGGACGGCACAGACGUCAAGUUAUUCACUAUUAAAGGAGCUACACGGGAUAUCGCGCUUGCGGGGCCGAAGAACUCGGUGGACAUGGCGACGGACUCGUUUAUAAAGCGGUUCGGGUCGAUAGCGCUCAAUCGCCGCAGGUCCACCGCCGCGUCUCUGCAGACCUUGAGCUCGCAGACUCAGCAGGUAUGUCGCUCUGGCACAGAGAGUCCUGGCCGACCGUUGCUCUCGCGCGGCCUUGGCUCCACAGACAACACGCAGUCCACGCCGCCAUUGGUGAACUACAGUCCUGUGCCGCCUCCAGCAGCGGCCGACUUCGACGGGUUCAAUCUGAACAGUUUCGGCAAGCAGCCGAGCGCGCCUCCGGUGCCGCUAAAAGUGACGCCAAGAAAUAGUUUGUCGAUUACCAGAACACGGUCGAACGUCGCUCCGGAUGAUUAG